GUAUGAUAACAUUCAAUUAUUUAUAGAAUAACAUAACCAACAAUUUUUAUUAAAAACUUAAAAUAAUUUAUAUGUACUUGUUUAUUUAAUAUAAUAUUAAUUUACCCUGCAACUAGAAACUAGAUUAUAAAUGUCUGCCUUAAAAAGAGUUCAACAGUGGGCAACUUUUGCAAGAAUUUGGCAUAUAUAUGAUGUAGCCUGGCAAAACCCAUUUCAUUCAGCAGAACUUCUAAGAAAAUACCUGAUGGGUAUACACAAACCCAUAUACCAUCCUAUGAAUGAUUGUGGAGAUCACGUGAUAGUCAUAAACAGUGCAGAUAUUGCUUUACCAGGAGAUGAAUGGAAAAAGAGAGUGUACUUCCAUCAUACAGGAUAUCCAGGCGGAGCUAGUUGGACUUUAGCUUGGGAGUUACACAAAAAAGAUCCAACAUUGGUUCUAAAGAAAGCUGUGUAUAACAGCAUGGAUGGUAACCUUCAACGGAGAUCUACAAUGGAACGAUUGCACAUCUUCCCUAAUGCAGAUGUCCCUACGAGUUUACUAGCAAACGUUUCAAAUCAAAUAAGACAAUUAAGACCUAAACCAAAGAGGUUAGAUACUUAUCCAGAUGAAGAAGUAAAACAAUUUCCCAAGAUCAUUGAUUUACCUAAAGAUUAUAUUUUGCGAUAAAUUGAAAUAGAGGCUGUAGUAGUAGUUUUAUAAAUAAAAUUUAUUUAAUAAUAUUA